AUGGACGCGGGCCACCGGGCGGCGUUGCUCACCGCCUCGUGCCUGCGCACGCCGGUCGACCCCCUCACCAGAGCUCCGGUGGCGCUUUACGAGCGCCGGGCGGGAAGGCCCGCGGCGGGCGGCGAAGGGCAGGUGAGGCGGCGGCGCUUGGCGGCCGUUGGCGGCAGGCAUGUAUGCUGUUGCUGUAGGAGAUGCCCUAAAAUAACUAUGCAGAGUCACAGGGACUUUUGUGCCACAUACAAAAGGACUUAUUUAUCUUCCUUGGCAGAUAGACCAUUAUUACAGGAUAUUUUGGAUUUGAGUCCUGAGAGAAAGCAGAAUUCUGCCAUGGAUGAUGGUUGCAAGGGCUGGAUAGACUUCUCCAAAAUGUACCUCUCAAAUCAGGAAUAUUACUUGAAGCUGGAAGAACUGAAGAAUGCUCACAUGGAGACCAUGGCACAGCUGGAAAAAAUGUAUCAGAAUAAACUAUAUCUCAGAGAUGUGCAGCCCUUAACCGAUAUGGAUGUGACCCAGUCUAUGAAGCAUCGAUCAGCAUGGGAGAAGAGCUCUCUUCAGUCCUGGAAUAUGCAUAAAUCUUUUUCUGAGCCUGAUUUAAACCAUUCUUUCCACUCAGAUUUAUCUGAUGCAUCUGAUAUAGAACUAGAGCUAGAAGAAAAUAAUAGUGAAGGAGAAUCAAUGAAAUUUGGAAGCGCAUGGGAAGAGUUUUCUUUAGAGAAUUUUCCCCACUGGACCACCAAUGGCUCAUCCAAGUUACAGACCCUGAAGAAGAGUAGGAGGAAGAAAAAAGCAUGGUCUCCCAAGGUUACCGUUCCCGAGCCUUUCCAGAUGACUAUUCGAGAAGCUAUGAAGAAAGAACAGAACAUCAAAUCCAAGGCACAGAUUGAAAUGGAAAACAAUUUGCUAAAGAAACAACUGGAGGAGGAAGCAGAGUGUCAGAAGCAGUUCCGUGCCAAUCCGGUGCCGGCUUGUGUCUUCAUCCCUCUCUAUCAUGACAUAAUGAAGCAAAAUGAAGAGCGUAGAAAGGUGGUCAAAGACAGAAGGAGAGAGCUUCUUUUGGCUUCACAAAAGCCAUUUCGGUUUCUUGAAAGAGAGGCACAAAAGAAAGAAAUGAGAAAAAUGCAACAGAAGGAUCUUUCUGCCCCAGAUAAGAAAACCAAAAUGUUCAAAGCAAAGCCAGUUCCUAAAUCUGUUUACAGCCCCGAAAUCAGUGAGAGGCUCAAGGAAGAAGAGCUCUACCGAGAAAUUAGAAUUCAGAUGAGAUCAGAAGAGCUUCUCUGCAAUUCAUUCCUCCCUAACAGCAGACUGGGCAAUAAGCACAGCCCACCAAAAUGCCUUGAAGAGAGCAAAAUGUCCAGCUGUAAACCAAGGACCAAAGCAAAGAUCCCAGACUUUGAGAUGUUACAUCGGAAAUUUGAAAAGCAGCUUCAGAGGCAGCUGAAUAUGAAACAUGUCACCGUCUGUGAACCUUUUAAUCUCUGCACGUCAAAUAUCCCAUCCAAAAGAGGAAAAAUUCUAGAAGACAUUCAGAGGGAUGAAGAAAGCUUAAAUGAAACACGGUGGCCCUAUGCCUCUCCAAGAUGUCAGCUCCACACGAGGUUGACAAAUGCAGCUUCUUUGCCUUUGGACUCUGAAGAACCCACAUCUCCAAGGAUCACAGAACUGACAAGGAAACGAUUACAAGCCGUAAGAGAUUCAAUUGAGGAAAAAAGAAAGCUGGAAGAAGAGCAAAAAAAGAGCAGAGCAAAACAGAAACAAAGAGCAAGAAAACUACAGAGACUUAUAACCACUCGGGCAGAGGCGAAUGAUCCACACCAGAGCCUGGCUCAGUUGUACAAAUCUAAGUUAAAAAUAUUCAGGAAACAUGAAAAACAGAGAAUGAAAGAAUAUCUCCAGGAACUUGAAGAAAUGGAAGAAAGGGUGGAAAAGAGGCCCCUGUUGUUGGAAAGAGCUACACAGAAAAAUGCCCAGAUAGCAGCUGAGAAGCAUUACUCUGAUACACUUCGAGAGCUGGGGUUAUGUGAAGAGUUUGUUUCAAAGAAAGGCCGAACUUCAACAGAAAUGCACAUGCAGUGCUGUUCCAGUGAUGGCUCUGAAAAUUCAGUAAUCAAAAGAAGAAGUGAUAAUGAAAUUGCAUUGAAUAAAGGAAAAUCUAAUGGAGAAGAAGAGAAAUCAGAGGUCCAGCCUGGCCAAUCCUGUGAAAAAGAAGAGGAGGAAGAGGAAGAGAAGACCGAGUCUGACUUAGAUCAUGAUGAGCAAGAUGAUCCUGAGCAUGAAAGCGAAAACUCUGGGAACAGUGCUGUAGAAAACUCCAGUGAUAAUGAAGAGUUACCUGACUGA